AUGACAAUUGGAAAAAUCAAACUUAAUGCAGAUGGAUGCUCCAAAGGAAACCCUGACCCUACUGGGUAUGGUGGGCUGUUUAGAGAUGCUAGAAGAGCCCAGAUUCUUGGAUACCAUGGGAAAUUGGAGUUAGCUACAAGAGCUUAUGAGCAGAAUAAUACUUGUAUGUUUCAGAUUCUUAAGUCAAGUGAUAGGUCAAAGAAGAUAGGUGGUUCUGUUGUAGGUCAUAGAUAUAUACACAGAGAUAGAAGGCAGGGUCAUGACAGAUUGUUUGCAGAUUAUUUUGCUGCAAAUCCAAUGUAUUCACCUAUAAUAUUUCGGAGACGUUUUCGAAUGCGUCGUCCUUUGUAUCUACGCAUUUUGAAUGCAAUUCAAAUACACAAUUCAUAUUUUGUUAAAAAACAAGAUGCAGCUUAUGUACUUGGGUUAUCUCCCCUACAAAAAAUGACUGCAGCGAUGAGAAUAUUAUCAUAUGGUGUCGCAGCAGAUGCAGUUGAUGAUUACAUUCGUAUUGGGGAAAGCACUGCAAUUCAAAGUUUGCAACAAUUUUGUAAUUCAGUGAUUGAAAUAUUUGGAGAAGAAUAUCUGAGAUCCCCGACGCCAACUGACAUUGCUAGAUUACUUGCUAUUAGGGAGGUUCGGGGGUUUCCCGGCAUGUUGGGAAGUUUAGAUUGCAUGCAUUGGGAGUGA